GUGUUGUUUCACUUUACCGUGGCGUCUGGAGACUCAAGUGUCCACCUCCUCUCUGGGUAAUUGAGGGUCUUUGUCAGCCCCCUUCUCUCCUCGAGACAGUUGUCUGUACACAUACGAGAUGGGAAGCCCGUGGAAACCAGCGCAGCAGUGAGAUUUAAAGAUGGACCGGAGUGUGUUUCUAAAGUCUUACAUUUGCGUGUUUUUACUACCUGUGAAGUUAUUCGCGCAACUGGCUCCAGAGUGUUAUCCAGGCGGACACAGGAUCUUAAGAAACGCAUAUCGGAGCGUCGAUUUCGACUCCACCGAACUACAAAACACAGCAAUACAAGAUCUGAUCUGUGACCAUACGCUCCCACCCGGAUGGUACCGCUUCAUCAUAAACAAUAAACCGGCAGAAAUGCCGACCCGCUGUGUUGAGAUGAACCGCUGUGGUACUCAGGCUCCGGUGUGGUUGUCUCUUAAAGACAGCCCUCUUCCCAGGCCCGGAGAGGUCAAAAAACUUUCAGCCUGUGCCACGUGGCAGUUUUUCCACGGAAGCACCAAAGACUGCUGCCUCUUCAGGAUACCCAUCUCUGUCCGAAAUUGUGGAGAGUUCCUGCUGUACCACCUGCAGCCGACGCAAGGGUGCAUGGGAUACUGCGCAGAAGUUGUCUCACAGUUUACACCUAAAGCUUGCCCACCUGGUGAAACCGAAGUUAAUGGCGUAUGUAAAGCAAACCUUCCUUCGCUUACUACAAAACCCGUGGUGACCCCAGAACUAGUAGGAAGUAGCGUCCACCUGCGAUGUUCCUACGCUGGGGUGAUGUUCAGUCGUCCGGUGGGAUACCUGGUAGUGUGGGCUCGCUACUCUUCUGAUACCAUGAAGGUUGAGAUCAGACGAGACAAGACGACACGAUUGUACUCGAUGGUCGAGAUGGACGGAGUUCAUUUCAGACUUGGAGAAACGUUUUCCUGCAGUGUCUCCACAUUCCUCUUAAACUCCUCCAGCUCCCAGUCGGCGCCAAAAGAGAGCGCUGGGUUUUUCGCCGGAAUCAAGUUUGUUCCAGAUGUUCUGCACAUCCGCGAAGACGCCAAGAAACACGUCGUGGCCGUACACAGCACAGUCCCCAUUCCCUGCCACGGGUUCGAACACAGCCGCCGGUGCAAAGUGUCUCUUGGUCUGAGCGUGUAUGACUCGGAUGUAAUCGCUGAAGUCCCAAAUGUGGCUCUGUCAUCCUGCCAUGUGGAGCUCGUGUCCCAGCCCUGCCGAACCAACGUCUGCGCUCAGGGAACUGUGACUGUCACCGCCGUCACGGAUUUCACCCGGGACGGAAAUCGGGUCAGCGUCAUUGCCGCCCAGCCCGCCCAAGGCAGUCCUCGCCUUUGGAGAGGUUACAGCACCUCUGCACUGAAGAUCUCAGUUCAGGAUAUCCCCACGGCUACCUGUUACUCCCUCACCGACCCCCACAUCAUUACAUUUGAUGGCAGGCAGUAUGAGAACCAGCAGACGGGCACAUUUUUGCUUUAUAAGAGCAUGAACCGUAUUUUCGAGGUCCACACCAGACAGUGGGAUUGUGGGAGUCAACACUACAGCGUGGCUUGUACCUGCGGAGUGGCCGCUCGGGAGGGCAAUGAUGUCGUGACUUUUGAUAUGUGUGACGGACAGCUGCAGGAAACGCAACCCCGUUUAUCCCUCAAGACCUUAAGAGUGUCCAAAACCAAUCAAAUUAAGAUUCACGAGACACACCAAGGAAAGAAGAUCACGAUGAUGUUUAGCUCGGGGGCUUUUGUACGAGCGGACGUCAGUGAUUGGGGAAUGAGUCUGUCUGUCAGGGCUCCAAGUCAGGACUUUAACGCCACCAGAGGCCUGUGCGGCUUAUUUGACCGAAACAGCCACAAUGACCUCCAUCACCCCGCAGGCACAAACCAGCACGACAACGACCUAGCAGAAUUCAUUCAGAGCUGGAGGAUCGCGCCUGGGGAGAGCCUGUUUGACAGCAUGCCACCUGCCGCGGAUGAGGAGAUAAAGUGGAAUUUCUGUGCUUGUCGAAAGGGAUAUAACCCGUCCCUCCAUUCAACGCACGUCUCGGAUGGCACAGUAAGCCCGCCUCCUGUUUCAAGCUGCCAAUCUCAUGACGAAGCGGAUUACGCAUCCCUGUUCCCUUUCAAAGACGCCACUGCCGAGCACGUUGCGAAACGCAGCUCAAACCGGAACGUCCGGAAGCGGGGGGCAUCGGAUAAAGUGCCAAAUGUUGCCAAAAAUCGAAUCCCUCUUAGUGUAGAUGAGCUAGAAACCGAAUCUUUAUUUAACUUCAAAACUCCUGGCUUGAAUGAAUCUAAUGUGCCCUUACCAAGCUCAGGUGGUCGACAUAAGCGACAAACCCUUGACUUGCUCCCCAUCUACCCCUUCCGGGCCAUAAGCCAGAGCGAACUGGAAAGUUUGGCCUACUUCUUUCCAGAUGAUCACCGCAUUUCCAGUGGCCCAGCUGCCCACCCGUCCUGGCCGACACCAAGUGGUCUCACGUCUGCCAAAGCUUUGGAGAUCUGCCAGUUGGCCCUUACUAACUCAACCGUGGGCACGACAUGCAAGGAUCAGCUGGGUCGGCGCCUGGAAGAGGCUGUGAACCUGUGCGUCCUGGAUCUUCAGCUGAAGGAUGACUUGGCCUGGGAGGACGCCCUCGUGCCCUUCCUGGAGAACGAAUGCGAGCGGAAGUGGCUGGAAAACAGGAGUCAACGUUCUCAAAGAGGUUUGAGAAAAUUGGGAGAUGUCGCAAGGGCUCUUCGGUGUCCGAACUUCUGUAGCGGGAAUGGUCGGUGUGUGGAUUGGGGAUGUCAGUGUGACCCAGGCUACAGCUCUCAUGACUGCAGCCUCACUAUAAGUCAACCAGUACAAGUCACAGAUCUGGAGAACGGUGGUUUAUGUGACGUGCGUGAGUUUGACUGUAAUAGCGUGAGGGUUUUUGGGCUUGGCUUCAUUGACUCGAGUGACCUCGCAUGCCUUGUCAUCAAAUUAAAGCAAAUUAAUGGAGAUUGGAUCCCAGAGGACGAACAGAGAACCAGGGCCACCUUCCUCAGCUCCAGAGCGUUGGAGUGCGCCGUACCGCGGCUAAACAACAUGGCCGCCGACACUGCAGACUUCAUGGCCGACGACCAACCCUACGCAAGAUGGGAGAUCAAGAUAACUAAUGAUGGUCCUAUGUACAGCGAGGGGAAGAUCUUCACCCUUUACGAUGGUAUUUGCCAGCUGUGUGCGAGUCCCUCUGGAUUCUGCAAGCUGAAGGAGAUGACAUGUAAUAUAGACGGCAUGUGUUUUGCUGAUGGAGACUCCAGUCCUUCUGUUCCAUGUCUGUUGUGUAACUCCACAGCCUCCAAAUACACCUGGUCUAUUAAUGAAGCUAAUCGCCCACCGACCUUCUACGUGCCGCAGGCCAGACUGCAGACCUUUGCGGGGGAGAACUUUGUGUAUCAAUUCGCGGCCACGGACCCAGAGGGCUCGGCCCUCCUCUUCCAGCUGGAGUCGGGGCCUCCCGGGGCCUCCGUUUCACCCGCUGGGCUCCUCAUCUGGAAGGUGCAAACGGAUGAAACACAGAGUUUUCAAUUUGUGGUGUCUGAUGAGUGUGAUGCACAGAGCAGAUUUACUGUGGAGGUAGAUGUACGUCCAUGUGAGUGUGCGAAUGGAGGAACCUGUGUGACCGACGUCAAGCAUCCAGCGGGCAGUGGCGAGUAUCUGUGUGUGUGCCCGACCGGUUUCCAUGGAGACCUGUGCCAGGAGGAUCUGAACGAAUGUGCUUCAGACCCGUGUGGAGCGGGAGUGUGUGUGGAUCUGGUCGACGGGUUCGAAUGCCAGUGCCCACCUGGACUCACAGGUGUGAUGUGUCAGGAGGAUGUGAACGAAUGCGAGGGAACUCCGUGUUUUCCCGGCGUCACGUGUUUAAACAGCUUUGGCUCUUUCAGGUGUGGCCCAUGCCCUCGGGGUCUGGAAGGCAAUGGGAUCUCCUGCGAAGCACCGCCAAAAUUGGUCACAUCUCCUCCCGUCAACUCCCCCGCCAUCGCCUCUUCCUUGCCUCCCACUGUCCAGCCCAUCAGCAAAACGGACGUCACUCUUUCCAAAUCGACCUCCAUUCACCCCUCACCGGAGUCCGGCGCUCCAAGCAAGACCUUGGUCGAGAAAGACGCCACUCUGAGUCAAAAAACCGGUUAUCCCAACGUUCCGAAUAGGACAGCCAAGUGCACAACUAGGCCAUGUUUUCGAGGCGUACAGUGCAUUGACCUCCGUCCUCCCUAUAUCGGGUACGUAUGCGGGCGAUGUCCUCCAGGUUAUCAUGGCAAUGGACGUACCUGCACCAAACAAUCCAAACAUCCCGCUCUCCGCUUCCAGCCACCACAACUGACCCAAUCCAAGAUCAACCUGUCUUCCCAUCUGCACCUCCCCGUACUUCCCGUCAGGCAUCCUCAGAGACGCCUGCCCUCACCGGCAAGGUCCCCACACCAGCAGGCCACCACUCGCAUCCCCCUCCCGCCAACCUUUCCACCUGUCACUGUAAAGAAAGAGUCAGCAUUGACGGUGGGACGCAUGCCGCCUUUAUCCAACAGCAGGGGACGAAUCCUUACUCGCUCUCAUAAUCAUAAUCAAAUAAACACCCUUCCGAGUCCCCAGGGGCAAGAUGCUUCAUUUAAAGUCCUGGCAGGUGGAUUUGCAGGCGUCACACCUGGAGUGACACCUAAGGUCACUUUACCUCACACUUCGAGGCAUGUUGAAACACCUUCACAACAACCAAGUCAGUUCACGAUAUCCCAGUCGCGACCUUGGACUCCUCCAAAUGCCCAACCACCCCUUACAGCGGCUCUGACCUCACUGUCCUUUUCGCUCUCGGAGUCGGAGUUCUCUGCAGAUGGAGAUUUUGAAACUGGAAUCCAAGACCCUUACGAGACCCAGCCGCUUUCCAAGGAUAGCUUUAUCUACCUUGGUGAACCGACCCAAAGCCAGUCCUUGGACACUCAACAGUCUUUCCGAAAUAGCCGAGUCCAAAGCAAGAGCGGAAAUGUGGUAGUGUUGGAGGAGAGAAGUUUCACCUGCCCAGAUGUUUCUUGUUUCCCGGGAGUGCACUGUGAAAUUAAAGAGGAUGGGAAAAUUGGAUGUGGACGGUGUCCUCUGGGGUACAUUGGAGAUGGACGAACUUGCAGAGCUGUAUGCAGGCAUGCGUGCGGUAGACACAUGGAGUGUGCGGCCCCCAACACGUGCCGCUGCAAGAAAGGAUAUAGCGGCCCUAACUGUGACACAGCUAUCUGCAGUCCUGCUUGUGUGAACGGAGGUAAAUGUAUUGCUCCAGAUGUGUGUGAAUGUGAGCCAGGUUACCACGGAGAGACCUGCGAAAGCGCUCUCUGCAGUUCGCCCUGCCUGCACGGAGGCACCUGUGUGGGUCGAGACACCUGCUCAUGUCCCUAUGGCUUCGUCGGGGCCAGAUGUGAAACCAUGGUGUGCAACCGUCACUGUCAAAAUGGAGGGAAGUGCACGUCGCCGGAUGAAUGCGAGUGUGUGGCGGGGUGGACGGGACCGUCUUGCGAGACAGCAUUGUGUGACCCCGUGUGUCUCAACGGCGGGACCUGCGUUCGCCCGAAUUCCUGCGCCUGCCUGCACGGCUUUUACGGGUCUCGGUGUCAAAACGCUGUGUGCACGCCACCCUGCAAAAACGGCGCCCACUGUAUCCGCAACAACAUCUGCUCGUGUGUGGAUGGAUAUUCAGGCCCACGCUGUGAAAAAAGUGUGUGUGAGCCAGUAUGUAUGAAUGGAGGAAGAUGCGUCGGCCCAGACAUCUGCGACUGCGCGUCAGGAUGGAGGGGAAGGAGAUGCGAUAAACCUGUGUGUCUGCAGAAGUGUUUAAACGGAGGUGAAUGUGUCGGGACAAACACUUGUCACUGCAGCCCCGGCUGGAGAGGAAGUCUCUGCCAAAUCCCUAUCUGUGAACAGAGGUGUCUCUAUGGAAGUCGAUGUGUCCGACCCAACGUGUGCGCAUGCAGAGCCGGAUACGUGGGAUCUUUGUGCUCUAGAAAGCUACCUGUCCAGAAAGGAUGAGGAAUCGAUGUGAAAAAUCUGAGGACACUGGGCUCGAAUUUUACUACUUAUUAACCUGACAGGGUUACAAUAUCUGUUACAAUUUGUAAAUAUCAUAUAUGAAGACAUUAAUUUAUGUAUAUGGUAUAAUAUAAUGUUUUUUGUACUUUUUAAACUUUAUUAAAUAUGUGAAAACGAUACGGGACAAAAUAAAUGGUUGUGUAUUUUAAUUAAUGUUCUUGCCAGUUUAUGAUUAUUUUUAUGAAUAUUUUUAUUUUUUAUGAUUAUUUUUCUGUUUAUUUAUGAGCAACAUUUCACUAGGCAACUUUAUCGUAGCCAAUGACGUCAAUUUAGGGCGGGGCGAACCAUUUGUUUGACCAAUCAAACAUGGCGGGCAGACUUCAAGAAAACCUGUUUUAAAAUAAUUUUAAUGCAAUAUUUCUUUGAGGGCAUCAAUGACCUACACUGUAAAAAAGUUGGUUCAACUUUAAAAAGCCUAAAAAAUAUAUUAAUUAUUAUAAUUUACAAAUAUUAUUUUGACACAACAAAUUUUACGCAACCUUUUUAGUCAACUUAUACUUUUAAUUUGAAUAAACUCAAAAUUAUAAGGCAAACAGGUAACUUUUUUAUUGAACCAACAUAAAAUUGCAGAUUUUAUCUUUAUAGACUUUAAUAUUUUCAUCUAAAAAUUGAAUCUUUAUAAACAGUAAUCUUUUUCACAUUUAAAAAAUGACAAAAGGACGGAUCUUCCUUAUUCAACCCAAGCUGCUGACAAUUUGCCAUCCUCUGCUAUCUGCUAUCCAACUAUGUGGUUUGAAACUCCGCCGCACUUUAUUUCUCUCAGGACGUCCCCUUUUAUGUGACUGGAAUGUGUUUAAAACCCAUAAACACCAUGUUUGUGUCACACCUCACGGAGCGUGCGGCGGCUGCAGUUUUGUCGCCGAUCGGCUGGCAAAUAUAAACAGACAUCUUUGUGACAACACAAACAAGCAUAUCUGCUAAUUAACGGACAUUGACGGCGGCCAUUAAUGAGUCAGCUGCAGAUAGACUCGUUCAUGCAUAGCUAACAACCCAGCUGUUCGUAUACGAUUACCUGAGAUACGCUAAAAUAAAGAGACCGGGACAAUAAACAAGCUCGCUGUUGUUUAACACAGAGGACAAACAAUUCACGUUUGGUAGAUUUUUGUUUUGAAAGGGUUGCAAGGAAGCCAAGCAGAGUUUAAUUUAUAGGUUAUAUGAGUUUCUUGUUUGUUUGGAUGUUUAUUUUGUAA